ACAAAUUAACCAUGGAUGAAACUCAUCAAUUCUUCAUUUUUCUUUCAUCUUUGGUCUCUCUCAUUCUUAUUUUCAAAAUGUGGAUACACAAAAAAGAGAUCAAAAACCUUGCACCAAGUCCACCUUCCAUCCCAAUAAUUGGCCAUCUUCAUUUAAUAAAUGGAUCAAUCCAUAGAGUCUUACACCAACUUUCUUCCAAGUAUGGUCCCGUAAUGGCUCUUAGAUUCGGGUCACGGCCCGUUCUUGUAGUCACCUCAUCAUCAGCCGUGGAAGAAUGUUUCACAAAAAAUGACAUCAUAUUAGCCAAUAGACCACUUUUAUUAAGUGGCAAGUAUCUUGAGUAUGACCACACCACAGUUGGUUCAGCACCUUAUGGUCAUCUUUGGAGAGACCUUCGUCGAAUUAUGACCCUUGAACUUUUAUCAACAACUCGAAUGAAAUCUUUCACGGGUGUUCGAGAAGAUGAGGUUAGAUCAUUAAUCAAGAAUCUUCACCAAGAUUCUUUUCAUGGUUUUUCAAAAGUGGAAAUGAGGUCAAGAAUUCAAGGAUUGUCAUUUAACAUAAUUAUGAGAAUGGUUGCUAAUAAAAGAUAUUAUGGGACACAAGUAGAUGACUUUGAGGAAGCUAAUAAGUUUAAGAAAGUCAUUAAGGAUGUAUUUGAAAUUAGUGGGGCUUCUAAUCCUGGAGAUUUUAUUACAUUUUUAAGAUGGAUUGAUUUUCAGGGUUAUAAGAAGAGGAUGAUGAAAUUACAACAUCAAACCAAUAAAUUUACACAAAAUCUCAUUGAAGAAAUUCGAAGUAAAUGGGCCGGUUCUUCGUCUGAAAAGAGAAGAGACAAGACGUACAUUGAUGCUUUGCUUUCUUUGCAGGAACAGAACCCGGAAUACUACACGGAUGAUAUAAUCAAAGGCAAUAUAUUGACAUUGCUACUAGCGGGGACGGACACUUCAUCAGUGACGAUAGAAUGGGCUAUGUCUCUUCUAUUGAACCAUCCUAAUGUACUAGAGAGAGCUAAAACAGAACUUGAUACGUAUCUUGGACAUGAACGUUUGGUACAAGAAACCGAUAUUCCAAAUAUACCUUACAUCCAAUAUAUCAUCAAUGAAACACUAAGACUAUUUCCUGCGGCACCAAUAUUGGUGCCACAUGAGCCAUCACAAGAUUGCACCAUUGGGGGUUUUGAUGUUGCCCGUGGCACGAUGGUGUUGGUAAACGCAUGGGCUAUCCAUAGGGACCCAAUGGUAUGGGACGAGCCGUUAAGUUUUAAGCCAGAAAGGUUUGAGAAAGUGGAAAAAGAGGGGUAUAACUUUAUACCAUUUGGUAUGGGCCGUAGACAGUGUCCAGGGUCAGGGCUUGCCACUCAAGUCGUGUGGUUAGCGUUGGCAUCGUUGAUCCAAUGCUUUGAUUGGAAAAGGACUGGUGAAGAGUUGGUGAGUUUAUCGGAAGGAAAAGGUCUAAUUAUGCCCAAAAAUGAACCUUUGGAAGCAAUGUGUAGACCAAGCCAAAGAAUAAGUCAUAUUCUUAAGGAACUAUGAGAAAAUCGUAUCAUUAAAACCUAUAACUAACUUCCUUUUAAUUAGUCAGUUGUAAAUUACUUACGAAUACGAAGUAUAUGUUUUGUAGUUAUUUUCUACUUCUAAUUAAUGUAUUUUCUAGCAUCUAAACUUUUGUAAAAUAAUAAUAAAUUAAGUUGUUAUGAUAGUGUGGGAAA